GAUGAAGAGUGUCUCGUCCGUAGUAGCACUGUUUCUUCUGCUGGGGUGUGCGCCGUAUGUUACAACUAAGUGCCAGCUAGGCCAGGUUGCAAGUGCCUACUGCCGUCACAAUAGGACUCCGUGCAACUGGGCUCACGAGGUGAAGUUCCCCACCCCGUUUGAGUUCACACCAACGGUCUUCGCAUCACUAGCGGGUAUAGAUGCACGGUCUGACAGAAACCUCCGACUUCAAGCCGUCGUUUCCAAGGUCACUCAGGCGGGGUUCACGCUGACGUUCCACAUCUGGUCGAACACUCAUGUGUACCAUGCUAUGGGAACCUGGAUAGCAUGUGACGACCAAUAGAUUGUCGACACAGAGUCACUCAGCAGAGGACAUUCAAACGGACUGAUCAUGAACAGACAACGGAAAUGAACAUUCAAAUAAUCUCUCUCUCUCUCUCUCUCUGUCAUGCUUUGCUGAUAACACAUUUCAGGCUAUUUUGGGGGAGAAAAAUACUGUAAAUGAUGGUGUACAGCAUCUUUAUAAAAUUUAUAAGCUUUUGUGAGUGUGCUUGCCCUUCUUAUAUUUGGCCUGUAUUAUACCCGACAUAAAACAAUGGAUGAUAUUUAUCAUAUUAUUUUAAAGUAUCUUAAAUUAAUAUUCAAUUUUUAUAAUAGGCUUAGCUUUCGUAUCCAUUUUAAUUACAUUGAUAUUUUUGGCACAUUAAGGGGUAAAA